UUUACCAUAGAAUACCGAGUUCUAGUCCACAUUUUUGCUUUUGCAAAGUUGUUCAUGUUUAUUUAUUUCAAACGGGAAAAGCCUGUGCACUUCUCCCUGGCUAAAAUUCAAAGGAAGAUCAGAGGAUGAAAGAACUGAAACAUCUCCCUCUUUUAUUGGGGUGUUGGACUCUCUUAUACCUGGACAUUAUCCUAGCGUCACUGAGCCAUAGCGGGACGGCACAUCGCGCGCCCGAGGGUCGAGGAAAGGAGCACACAGACGCAGCAGGUGAAGGAGACAACCCGGGAAUGGACUCAACUGCCAAAUCGACUGCAGGAAACUACAGCACUGCGUUUAGGAAGUAUCCAACUGUCGCGAGGAUCACGCGAAUUAGGACAGGAGCUCCGUUGAUAAAGGGCGAGCCAGCCAAAGCAAAAUCUGUGGCAUCAGUAUUAUCACGGAAUCGCAUAGCGGCAAGUCGUGGUCUUGGAGCUAUCAGUUUGCGGCACAAGGAGGCUGCGCGCGCUUGGGUACCCGGGGAGGAUGCUACGAAAGCAGCUGCAGCGCCUGCUCCCGUAGCGCUAAGCGUGCAAACAGCCAAAGGCGCUGGUACACCUAGACAGAGCAAAGGGAGAACUUUCCCCAGAGCUGUAACAUUAGAACGAACUGCGCAACUUAGAGACGUUGCUAUGCAAAAGCACAUCGCUCCAUUGGCCCAAAGGAAUGCCAAAACAACAGGCAAACUGAGUGACCGGGACUCUCCGAAGCAUCCAUUGGUCACUCCGCACGACUACAUGUUGUCACUGUAUUGGUCAUUAUCCACAGGAGAGGUGAACACUAGCAUGUUGCACGAGGCUGGCAUGGCCAACACCAUCACCAGCUUCGUGGAUAAAGGACAAGAUGAUCGUGUUCCCCAACUGAGAAGACAGAAGUAUUACUUCAACAUCAGUUCCCUGGAGAAGGAGGGGCUGUUGGGGGCAGAGCUGCGCAUUCUCAGGAAACGACUGGCCGACCCACGCAAAGCUCUUUCCACUGGCGGAGUUUUCUGCCUGAAGCUUUUCACCUGUGCAGCAGGUAAGCAGAAGGCUACACUGCUCCAAACUCAAACCAUCGAGGACCACAUAACACCGAAAUGGGAAGUGUUUGAAAUUUGGAAACUAUUCAAGAAUUUCAAGAACACCGUCCAGCUUUGCUUUGAGCUGGAGGCCUUAGAACGAGGCCGCCCCGUGGACCUUAGGGCCCUUGGCUUUAGUCGUUUGGGAAGGCAGACCAAAGAGAAAGCAUUUUUCCUUGUGUUCGGGCGCACAAAGAAACGUGACUUGUUCUACAAUGAGAUCAAAGCCCGUUCUGGCCAAGACAACAAGACGGUGUACGAGUACUUGUUCACUCAACGGCGCAUGCGACGAGCUCCAGCCACCCGUGGAAAGAAGCUGGCCAAGAAUCCUAAGCCUCGUUGUCACAAGAAGCAGCUGCACGUUAACUUCAAGGAGAUGGGCUGGGACGAUUGGAUAAUCGCUCCACUAGAAUAUGAAGCCUACCACUGCGACGGCAUGUGUGAUUUCCCCAUUCGAUCUCACCUGGAGCCCACCAACCAUGCAAUCAUCCAGACGCUAAUGAACUCUAUGGACCCUGAUUUGACUCCGCCUACCUGCUGUGUGCCCACUCGCCUUAGCCCAAUCAGCAUCCUCUACAUUGACUCGGCCAAUAAUGUUGUCUACAAACAGUAUGAGGACAUGGUGGUAGAGUCCUGUGGCUGCAGGUAGCAAUAGAAAAAAAAGUAUCCAGGGACCUUACAUAGUUCAGCCUGAAGCCUAUUAAGUGGUUUUGUUUUGUUGAGAAACAGGUUAAUAGUUUUAGGUAUUUUUUAAAUUUGUAUCUAUAACUUUUGGGGCAUUUUUAUGCUUUAUUUCACAGAGAGAAAAGAUAGUGUACUGAAGUAGGCCAGAAUCAAACCCAUGCAGCAAGGGCAUAUGUGCAACGGAGGUAACGGCUUUAACCCUUUGACCACCUUAUCCUACAGGGCAAAACACUUUGAUAGUUGACAGGAAACUAACACAAGCACUUCCUGAGCCUUCCGUAUGCCUAAAUGUAUUAUGUAUUCAAAUUGAUAUAGAGUGGACAUAACAAGUCUACACUACCCUGUUAAAAUGCCAGCUUGUGAUGUAAAAGAAUGAGAUAAAGAUAA